UCUCUGUUCUUCGUUAAAGUCGAACUGUAUGCUUGACUUUCGGUUUAAUUCCGUGUGCACUUGUGUGGAAUAUGGUGAUGUUUGUAUUUGUUGAUUGAAUUCGAGUCGUGUAGUGUUCAACAGAACAGUGCAGAGUGGAAGUGGCGUUAAAUUUAAACUUGGGGGGAAUACAAACUUAUUAUUAUCAGAAAUUUAUUUAGUCUUUUCUUACUGCUUUUUAUAUUCAUAGUAAAUAUGGCUGAUGGCGGUGAAUUUGAUAAUACAAAUACAAAUGUAAUUUACAUUACUGAAGAACAUAGGGUAGAAUGGAAUUAUGAUGCUACAAAGGAACUUCUGAAAUUAUAUGACGAGAAAUGUGAUAUGUUGGAAUCAGGAAUAAUAAAUACCCAGAAGAAGUUAUGGGAGUUGGUUUCAAAAGAUAUGAUACGAAAAGGAUAUUAUUAUACUGGACCUCAGUGUGAAAAUAAAUGGAAAACACUGAAACGGACAUACCGAAACAAAAUGGAUAAAGCUGAAAAGUUUGGCACAUGCAAAAGAUCUUGUCCAUUCGAGGAUGAAAUAACGGAGAUUCUUAGCAAAAGGCCUCAAGAAAGUUUCACUAGGAGCUUCUACACACCCAAACAUAUCAAGUCGAGAAAUGAUGAGUCAAUGGAAAUCAAUUUGAACAAUCCUCCUGGGUUUAGUGGUGAAAACGAUUCUUAUCAAGACAUAAAAAACGUAAAACUGAUUCAUAAUAAUGACUCCAUGGAUGGGCAGAUGUUGGAAAAUACUGAGUAUAUCAUUCAAGAUGCAAGCCAGAAUCAAAUACUUGAAGAGUUAUCGGAAUUACGAAAAAUAGUCAGCAAGCAUUAUAAGAUGGGUACAGAAUAUAUGAAGCAAUCAAAUGAAUUGCACUCGAAAAUAGUUCAUCAUUUGGAUGGAGCCAAGGAAAGAGAAUGUCAGUCUUUAGAGUUUGAGGAAACUAGGAUAGAACAACAGAAUGAAGUUAUCAAACAAAUGAAAAUACAAAACAGUUUAUUACAAAAACUUUUAGAAAGACUAGGGUAAAACACCUAGGUAUUGUUUGUUGUAUAAAAAGAUACAUUUUUUAAAAAGUAAGUGUUAUUGAAUUUGAAUUAAAUUUUAUAUAAGUAGA